GUGUGUGCUCACUCAGUUUCCACCAUCUUCUUCUGGGCUACAAGUGAAUUUUGUCUGUGUGAAGAGCUCUGUGACUCUGUGAGCUGUGUCUCCCCACAGCAUGGCAUCCUUAUGUCUUUCAGACGAGUUUGUUUGCCCCGUUUGUCUGGAAGUCCUGCGCGACCCAGCCACCAUACCUUGCGGACACACAUACUGCCUACUGUGCAUUCAGAAGCACUGGGACGCAGGCGCAGCCAAGGACUUCUACAGUUGCCCUGAGUGUAGGAAAAGUUUUAAUCCUCGACCACCUUUGUCCAAGAGCACCAUGUUGGCUGACGCCUUGGAGAAACUACAGCAGCAGUCCCAGCAGCAAGGGCCCAAGGCCACAGUGCCUAUCUAUGAAAAUGUUUUACCAGCUUUGUCAGCCACUCAGGGCGGUGGCGGUCCUUCAUCUGAGGCUGGACUGUACCCACAGCUUCCAUCGACUUCAAUUCGACUUUGUCCAGACCAUCAACAGCCACUGGAGUUCUACUGCAGAGACCACAAAGUGUUUGUAUGUGAGGAGUGCAGCAUUUCCGGACACAAAGGACACCAGGUUGUCAGACCAGAUGAGGAAAGGAGAGAGCAGCAGGAGGAGGUGAUUCGGAGACAGGCGGAAAUUCUGAGAAGAAUUCAAGAGAAAGAGAGGGACCUUCAAGAUGUCCCAAAGGCUUUAGUGGUCUAUCAGGACCAGAUGCAGCAUUUCCAGCAGGAGACGCGGGACACGGUUGAGGAGCUGAUGAGGAGCCUACAGCUGCUGGGCUCGCAGGUGGAGCAGAUUGUGCUGCAGGCCCACGAGGCGUCCAGGGAGAGCCGCAAGGAGGCACACCUGCGCAGGCUGCAGGAGGAGGUGGCCAAGCUGCGCAGGCAGGACCAGGAGCUGCGCUCCCUCUCAGCCACACCGGAUGACGUCAGGUUCCUGGAGGAAUUCGGAACCCUCUCUGAGCAGGGGUUGGGUGGUGGUGCAGAGGUCUUAGACCCCCACUUUGAAGCCAUGAAGUCAGGGGUGCGGGCCAAGCUGGGACGCCUCUCGGAGGGGCUACAGGACCUCAACAAAGACAUCCUGGCUCAGAUCUUCAGAAUUGUUAAUGAUGCCAAUUCAAUGCGUGCUGCUAACGAGACUUCAUCUGAGGGGCCACCACUUCCAGUGCGUACACACGGAAUGACUCGCUCUGCAACUGUGGCCGCGCCACACAAAACCCCUGCCAGUUCCCAUCUCCCUCCAGCCCUCCCAGACAGACCAGCAGCCAUGGCGCGCGCUGCAACACUUCCAGCUCGAAGGACUGGAGCGGAAGCAAUGCCAAAGCCCAAAACCAGAGAGGAGUUGAUGAAAUUUCGCUUCGAGCCCACACUGAACCUCGACACUGCGUACCGGCAUAUCUGCAUCUCUGAUGGCGACCGCAAGGCCACUCUGAAGGCGGAGGUGGUGGAUGCGACACCGCACCCCGACCGCUUCGUCUUCUGGAGACAGGUUCUGGGCAGAGAACCCCUCGCAGGAAGCCCCUACUACUAUGAGGUGGAAUGGACCGGACACAAGGUGACGGUGGGUGUGACUUACAAGGAGCUAGACAGGGCCAGCAGUGACAACCGUGCACGGCUGGGCCGCAACGCAGAGUCCUGGGCCCUGUACUGGUCAGGGGCCGCUUUCUCCUUCUGGCACGACGGUAAGGAGACUCCCGUGGCGGGCCCCAAGGCCCACAGGAUCGGAGUCUUCGUCGACCAGCAGGAGGGGCUGUUGGCCUUCUACCGCGUCUCUCACGGCAAGGCUGAGCUCCUCCACAUGCUGAGGGAACACUUCUCCGCACCGCUGUUCCCAGGGUUCCGCUUCUGGACCGGAGUCGGGGCGACCAUUACUCUCUGUCAUCUGUAGCGGAAGUGAUGGUGAUGAUAAUGAUGAUCAGGGAAGCCAACAGGACACACACACACACA